AUGGGCUCUCUGAGCAGCCGAGUGCUGAGCCACCCGGGGCGAGCCCGAGCCCAGCAGGAUCCGGGUUCUGGGGCUGGGGGCUCGGCCCGGAGGCCGGAGAGUGGGGGCGACGUGGCCGCCCACGGCUUCUGUUACUGUCUGGGCAGCUGUAAGCGCAAGCGAAGCAGCGGGGCCUUCUGCUACUGUCACCCCGAUUCCGAGACAGACGAGGAUGAGGAGGGAGGGGACGAGCAGCAGCGACUCUUAAACACCCCUCAAAGGAAAAAGUUGAAGAGUACAUCCAAAUAUGUUUAUCAAACAUUAUUUUUAAAUGGUGAAAACAGUGACAUUAAGAUUUGUGCUCUAGGAGAGGAGUGGAACUUACACAAAAUAUAUUUAUGUCAAUCUGGCUACUUUUCUAGUAUGUUCAGUGGUUCAUGGAAGGAGUCCACCAUGAAUAUUAUUGAACUGGAGAUUCCAGACCAGAGUAUUGAUAUAGAAGCACUGCAGGUGGCAUUUGGGUCAUUGUAUCAAGAUGAUGUCUUAAUAAAGUCCAGUCGAGUUAUUGCCAUUUUGGCAGCAGCUUGUAUGCUGCAGUUGGAUGGUUUAAUACAGCAGUGUGGUGAGACAAUGAAGGAAACAGUUAAUGUGAAAACCGUAUGUGGCUAUUACACAUCAGCAGGGACUUAUGGACUGGAUUCUGUAAAGAAAAAUUGCCUUGAAUGGCUUCUAAACAAUCUGGUGACUCACCAGGAUGUUGAACUUCUUAAAGAACUCAGUAUAAAUGUCAUGAAACAACUCAUUGGUUCCUCUAACUUAUUUGUGAUGCAAGUGGAGAUGGAUGUAUACACAGCCCUUAAAAAAAAAAAAAAGUGGAUGUUCCUUCAACUUGUGCCUUCCUGGAAUGGAUCUUUAAACCAGCUUUUGACUGAAACAGAUGUCUGGUUUUCUAAGAGGAGAAAAGAUUAUGAAGGUAUGACCUUCCUUGAAACUGAGCAAGGAAAACCAUCUGUGUCAGUAUUCAGACAUUUAAGGUUACAGUAUAUUAUCAGUGAUUUGGCCUCCGCGAGAAUUAUCGAACAAGAUUCUCUAGUACCUUCAGAAUGGCUAUGUUCUGUGUAUAAACAGCAGUGGUUUGCUGUGCUCCGGGCAGAACAAGACAGUGAGGUGGGGCCUCAAGAAAUCAAUAAAGAAGAGCUAGAGGGAAAUAGCAUGAGGUGUGGUAGAAAGCUUGCCAAAGAUGGUGAAUACUGCUGGCGGUGGACAGGUUUUAACUUCGGCUUUGACCUGCUUGUAACUUACACCAAUCGAUACAUCAUUUUCAAACGCAAUACAUUGAAUCAGCCAUGUAGUGGAACUGUCAGUUUACAACCUCGAAGGAGCAUAGCAUUUAGAUUAUGUUUGGCUUCUUUUGAUAGUAGUGGAAAACUAAUAUGUAGUAGAACAACUGGCUAUCAAAUACUUAUACUUGAAAAGGACCAGGAACAAGUAGUGAUGAACUUGGACAGCAGGCUUCUGAUCUUCCCUUUAUAUAUCUGCUGUAACUUCCUGUAUAUAUCGCCAGAAAAAAGAACUGAAAAUAAUCAUCAUCCAGAAAAUCCAGAAAACUGAGGAUCUCAUCCGUUGGAAACAGUAGCACUUUGUAAACUUUUUUGACCAGCUUUAAUUUAAUGGCCCUGCAGAUAUUCACAUCUAAGGUGACUAACAGUGACAAAGGCCUUAUGAACUGUUCAGAUAAUACAGAAGACUAUUCUUAUCCUCAUUACAUUUCUAUGCAUAUAUCAAAAAACAUUUUAAAG